AUGGCGGCGACCGAGUCCAGCCUGUUGCGCCACUUCCCGCUGCUGCUUCCUCAGAACAGGGCGAAAACUGUCUAUGAGGGAUUCAUUUCUGCUCAGGUACCCGCCCGUGUCGCUCUCUCCGGAAAGCACGCUGCUCUCGGCGUAGCCCUGUCCCAGGCGUCUGGGAGUGAGUGGAGUAGAGAAGUUCGAGAACGGCCGCCCUCUGGAGCCGUGGCGCUCCCGGCACUGCGCCUGCGCGGGGUGGGCGGGGCCGAGGGGGUAGAGUGGGCGGGGUGGAGUCAAUGCAUUUUUCAACUACUGUGCAGCCAGCAGCUGAGAAAUGUACUUAAUGAAUACCAUCAAAUAGUCCAGCAGAGAAUGCAGCAGUCUCUGGAUCUAAUGAGCUUCAUGAUGGAGUUGAAGAUGAUUUUGGAAGUUGCUUUAAAGAAUAAACAAGAGUUCUGUGUACAACCUUUGCCUCCCAAGUUCUGCGCAAGUCUUCUUGAAGAAAUAGGAGCUCUUGGUUGGGAUAAACUUGUGUAUGUGGAUAACUGCUUCAGUACCAUCAAGUUAAAAGCAGAAGAUGCUUCUGGUAGAGAGCAUCUAAUCACCGUCAAGUUGGAAGCAAAGAGACUCAUUAUGUAGCCCUGACUAGCCUGGAACGUGCUAUGUAGACCAAGAUGACUUCAAACUUGUGGUGAUGCUCCUGCCUCAACCUUCUGAGUGCUGGGAUUAUACAAUGUGCCACUAUGCCCAGUUCCUGUAUAUGGAACAUUUGUUGUCAAUUAGAGUUAUAAAGUAAAAGUUUUCAGGUUUGGGAUAGAGAUCACUUGAUAGGCCAUAAAUUCCACCCUGAGCA